AUGGGACCAAUAAUUCUGCUCAGGAUUUCAGCCAAGGACACACUGAGUGCUAGUAAGGACACACUGAGUGCUAGUAAGGACACACUGAGUGCUAGUAAGGACACACUGAGUGAUAGUAAGGACACACCGAGUGAUAGUAAGGACACACUGAGUGAUAGUAAGGACACACUGAGUGAUAGUAAGGACACACCGAGUGAUAGUAAGGACACACUGAGUGAUAGUAAGGACACACUGAGUGAUAGUAAGGACACACUGAGUGAUAGUAAGGACACACCGAGUGAUAGUAAGGACACACUGAGUGAUAGUAAGGACGCACUGAGUGAUAGUAAGGACACACUGAGUGAUAGUAAGGACACACCGAGUGAUAGUAAGGACACACUGAGUGAUAGUAAGGACACACUGAAUGAUAGUAACAGAUCAAACAGCCAAGGACACACUGAAUGA